AUGCGUGAAUGGCAGACACACUCGCCCUCUCCCACCGGCGACAAGUGUUACGCCGAUUGCGAGGUCGAGGAGCUCAAGGAGAUUCUCGAUUCGCUUUGCCCCACAAAUCUCGAUAGACACGCAUACAGGGACCGGCUAUCGUGUAAGCGCAACUGCAUAUAUGUAGACUUCUACUACAAGUUUGUCCGCGAGAAGGGUGACACAUAUUUCAAAGGCCAUUACCAACCGGACUUCUCUGCUACACGCAACGACGAGCAUAUUUAUCGUGUGUUAGCGACAGGCAUAUCAGUAUAUCGCAAUAAAGACUGCACGCAAGGAAAUCAGUGCGUCAAGGGACAUGACUAUCCUGAGAUACGUCGUGCUGCAAAGAACAGGAUGGCUGAGAGAGCAGAAAAAGGUAUACAGGAUUCGCGUACGCGUGAUAGAAGGAUCCGCAUUGCUCCUGGGCCAUGCAUCUCCAACCGCGAGGCAAAGCGCGUGAGAGGAGUCAGAGCAGGGACGUUGGGGAAAGGAAUAGGCCAAGGGUGUGAGUGGCUUGUCUUGAAAAUGGAGUGGUACCACAUGUGGACCAAGUCACCAAACUGGUUUCGAGAGCGUCAAUGUAAUGCGUGUCGUGGUGGGGAGUUCGGCAGGGCUGCCGAUGCUAGUCGGGAACCGUUCCGAUACACACCAGUGUCGUGA